AAUUCGUGGCACUUCUCAGAAGAAGAAGAACUAAAAAUGCAGCUUUGUGCGAUCGGUUAUUAGCUCCAAUUUUGGCUAAAAAUGGGGGCUAAACCCUCGUCUAUCAGCGACCUACAACAUAAUCCCGUCCUCCUAAAGCUUACUGGGGAGACGGCAGUCGCGGAAAACGAUGAGUUUUGGGAGGAUAUUCUUGCGUUUUCAUUUCAAGCGCCGUACAACAGGUUAGAAGUUGUUAAUAGCGCGAUGUAAUUUGUGCAUAAAAUAAGUAUACUUGGGAAUUAGUUUUAUAUAGGUAUCUUUGACACCUAAUUUGAUUGAAUUCUCAGUCAUUUUAUGUCCUAGUUUAUUUGUUUAGUUGAUAUUAUACGCAAAAGUUAAGCUGUCCUAAUUGGUAAACUUUAUCAACUGAACAUAAGAACAUAAGCUUACCUGUAACUUCACGCGACUCUUAAAGUAAACAUGUAAUCUACCGCAUACACUGCUUUAAACUUCAGUUUUAUACUGUUAGUUAGUGCUUAAUUUCUAAACAAAAUUAUUUAGGGCUAUCGAUCAAGGUUAAACUUUAUACUAAAGGGUUAAGUUAUAUAGUAUUAAGGUUAACAAAAUGUAAUUGUUGGACGGAGGUAACAACAGUGUUAUUAUGUUUACAAGUGAGGUGUGUUUCCAGGUAUUUCAGUUUCUUCCGAUGCUUUCUGCAUAAACAAAUUCACUUCAGACCUAAUAAAACGAGCAGUGCAUAGAAUUCUUUUGAAAAUGGGAACGUAACAACAUUUUCAUAGUGUAGUGGUGCAUGCCCCCUAUGAUUGGUCCAUUUAGUACGGCUCAUGUUAUUUCACGCUUCUUCAAACUACUCAGGCCUAAGAGAUAAGUCACUCAGUGAUAAGUUUUAAUGUGCAUCAAAGGUCUUUCUUUUAUGGGGGGGGGGGGGGGGGCCAGUAUAAAGGAAGGUUAUAAACAAACAUAAAAUGAUGCACAGCAAAAAUAAUUUCAAAAAAAUGCAGUUUUUGUUAUUACAUCCAAAUUUACCACAAGAAUGAAAACAAUGUGGCACUCGGUCUCAGAAAACCCCAAUACCACAGGUUAAAAUUAAAUGUCUGUAAAACCAUGUCAAAAAAUAAUGUGAAACGUCAUAAUCCUAAAGAUGCCACUCUCCAAACUCUUUGUUUACAUUCCAUACUAUAAGUCACAGAACCUCAUUUUUCCCAUCACUUUUAUGUGUACCUCAAAGGAAAAAAAAAUUUUUGCACUUAAUAUACAGUUUUAAUUUUCUUUGACCACCUUUAGGUAUUUUGGUAAAUAAUUUAAUAAUUUGGGUUAAUUAUUGGAUUAAAAUUUAUAACCUUUAUUAAAGCAUGUGUGCAUAACACCCAAAGAAACUGAAAGGGUAAAGUCGCAGGUCGUUAGAUUGAAUUUUCUUGCUUUCUUCCACUAGUGCUGAUGCACGAUUAUUAGAAGAAGCUACAGAACCAAUCUGCCAGAGACUAGGUAAAAAAAAAGAUUUAUAGACAACUGAAUUACAUGUAUAAGGAGGCUUUACGUAUACUAUAAGAUUUUAUGUAUGGCCUACAGGCCCUACAAUGCACCGCUUCUCACCUGUGGAAUUCUCUGACAACUGAAUAAGUAAUUGCCAAGAGGAUCAUUGUAGUUAAAGACGAGACUUGCGUGUAUGCAAAGGAAGCAUGAAAAAAUUAAGGCUUCAAACCCUGCCCUCAAUAAUAUUGGUGCAGCACUCCAAGAAAUUGAGCUAGCAAUUGCCAACUGGGAGCUAGGGCAUUAAAUUGGUUCAUAAUGUGGUGAAGAUGAAUAAUUGAUGAAUAUAUGAAUUUUGUAUAAAUUAUUGUAACCAUGAAAUGAAGAAAUGAAUGCUAAGAAGACACAACAUAUGUACGUUGCAAAAAAAAAGCCUGAAAAAAUUCAGGUAACUGCAUAAGUUGUGUCUUUAACUGUGCGUCUUCUUUGAAUAAUAGGCAAAGUUCUGGAUUUCUGUUCAAAAUGUUUUUCACGAUUUUUAAGUGGAUCCACACAUGUAUGGGACCAAUAGACAACAGAGAGAUUUUUGGGGGGGGAGAAGGAAGUGUGAUAUGGCAUCAUUUCUGCUUCCCGACUACUGUGGAGUAGUUUCACUCAAUUUUUGGAACAAAUUUACAAGAUUUGAGUAUUAUAAUUGUUCACUAUUAUUGUAACCAUGAAAUAAUUGUUUUUCAGUUGGCAACAACUUGAAAACAGGCAACUUUGUUACCCUAAUAAAGAUGUUUUUGAAAAGAAUCCCUGAACUGAAAGACAGUGCAAAGUGCGAAGAGUAAGUUAAACCAUCCAUAAUUUAUAAAUUGUCAUUGUUGUCCAGGGCUGUCAAAAAGUUUUUAAGUAGCUAUGAAUAGUAGGUAGCUUUGGAACUCACCCCAAAGGCACAAGUUCUUCGAGGGCCUAAGCAUCUAGGGACAUUUUGAAAAUUAGAUUCUCGGAAAUGAUGUUUCCAGGGGUUUUCAAGAGGUAUUUUCCACUGCAGACACCAUGUUGUUUCGUUAGAAUACACGCAAUACUGGGAACAAUGCUGUCGAAAUGUCCCAGGCAUUCCACGACAUCCCACGGUUCAAACGUUUCACAAUCUCAACUUGUUUAAAUAUGCGUUCGAAGUCAUUCAAAACUGGUAAACGGAUGCUUUACAAUUUUAUUCGAUGGUGCUUAUUUUUUGUUAGCAGUUAUGGUAGAAGGAGAUAAAAGUAGCUGGCUGAGGAUGGCGAACUAGCCAGCAGUUUUGGCCGGCUACUGGCCCUUAUUGACAGCCCUGGUUGUCUUUUCAAAGCUCUCUAUUCAUCACUCAAUGGUUCAUCAAAACCUAUGAUAAUUAGUACGACUUAAUUAACUUCUUUUUUCUUUUUUGUUGUUGUUGAUGCCUAUUUCAGAGAGGACUUUACCUGGGAAACAUACAAUGCCAUCCUUCUUGUCCGAAGUUUUUCUAAGUAUUUUAUUGAGUUUUUGCCCAAUGAAGAAGUGAUUAGACAACUGGGUGGCUCUGUUGUGAAGUCACAAGGAGAUGAAGUGUCUGGUUUUACGGAGCAAGUACUACAUUGUACAGGUGAGAAUAGAUAACAAUAAUUAAUCUUUGGAAUCAAUGUGAAUAGUGGCAGAAAAUUCAUUGACUGGAGUCUCAGUCAUGAAGUGGCAAUUUAUAAUUACUUUUACUAAGAUUGAAAAGAAAAAUGUUUAUAAGUAGGUGGAGCAUGAUCGCCGGGGUGAACGUACUCCCGAAUAGAACUGUUGUUGACAAUGACUGAUGUUUCAACAACCUGUGUGGUAGUCAUUUUCAGAGUCAAAGUGAGCUUUAUCAUGUCAGUUGAUGGUCUUAAACUCUUAUUAUUGACCUGAUUAGUCAAUAAAGUCAUGAAUGUCACUGGUCGUUUGUCACUUAAGCCAUGAUGUUAUGUGCUAUGAAGACUCUUUGUCAUAAUUAGUGCGUUUCAAUCCAUCUUUUGUCACAGUUUAACGUUUAUUUAAUGUUAGUGAAACAUUUCACUAUAAGAAUAUUAUUGUAUUGUUGUAUCCACACAAAGUGAUACCAACAGAAUCAGAAAGGAAACCAUUAAAAAAAUAAUUUGGUUGACAAGUUGGGUCAAUUCAUGUGUGAAAAAUGCACAAUGCCUUAAAACGUACGUGCGCAAAAGUUAGAUCUUUACAGAACUCUCAAACAUGGCAAGUCUUAGUUUCAAUGUGUUUGCAAACUAUUUCAUCAAUGGUUAAGUGCAAUUGACAACUGCCUAAGAAGAAAUGAAGAGAUUUUUUUGCCUCUUCUAAUUUCUUUCUAAGUGACCAACCCAAACUCCUGUCAAGUAGACCUAUUUUAAAAUUGUUUUUCUUUUUCUUGGUAGUUUGAGUUAGUGGUGUUUUACCUUGUGUGGAGUACAUGUUGCUGCGGUCAGCCAAGUUCAAACAGUUUAUUAGCCACUCUACUCUUUAAUUCUAUCCAAGCGAUUUUUUUCCUCUUGUUCUACUGUAAAAUUGGUUUUUCAAAGUCUCACUGUACUAUAUGUGUCAGUCUAGCCCUUUGAACAAUAUGAUAAUAUUAAUUUUGUUGUUUGUAACGUUUACAGGUAAUAAAUUUUAUUGCUCUUAAUGUAGAUACUGUAAAGCCUGUUUUUCAUAUGUCAGGAAAAUCCCAGACGGUUUGGGAUUUUACUGUUUCCCAACCGUCCCAGAUUUUGCCGACUAAUGAAAACUUGAAAUCGUACAUAUCCGCAAUCAUCUGGAAUGGUCGGGGACUAAUCUGGAGAAUUGGGAGCAUUUCUAUUUUCCCCACGGAUCCCAGAUUUCUGUGGUGGUCAGUGAUUGUUCCUGUCAAGUGAAAACUAAAAUUUGUAUCGUCAGGGAUGUCAGCGGCGGAUUUCACCCAUUACUAAUCCUCUAAAUUGCUGGGCUCCAUUCCCCCUAUCACAGAUAAACAUGGUGUCUCUGAGACAGACUUCUGGCGAUUAUCCGAUAUAGCGGCAAAAUCUGGGACAUUCGGCAAAAAGUUAAUAAAUCCCCGAUCGCCUAGGAUUUUCCAGACAUAUGAAAACUAGGCUUGAAGGAAAAAACCAUGUAAAUGUAAAACUAUGAUCUUCAACUUUCUUUCAGAUUGUGGUGUUAUAGAAGAUCUUAUUUGUGGCCUUGUAGAUGUCAUUAUUAAUGUACCCAUCAGGUAUGAAUAAACUUAUUAAUUAUGCCCAAUGCAAUGGUUAAUUGAUGAAUAAAUUAUUUUUAUUGCUUUGUGUAGAAUGUAAGUUUCUAUGGUUUGAAACCAAUUCAGGAAUGUCAAUGGAAAUCAUUAAUUUUCAUGAAUAAUACUGGCCUGUCAGCAUGAUUACUUUAUUUUAAGGACAACAGAAAAAAACCAUGUAAAAAAGGAUGUUUAAAUGUCAGUUAUGGAUGGUGAAUUUUCAGUUGAAGAGUUCUGAUGGUGCUAUAUUUUUUUUCCACAGUGAAGUUACAUAUCCUAUUCAUGUUGAAGCAAUCAACACUUUAUUAGUUAUGUUGUCAGUUCAAAUGUUUGACCCCAAUGCAUCUGAAAGCAGUAUCUUCUUUCAAGUUGUUAUGAAAGGAAAAUGGUAAGAAAGUAGGUGUGCUUUGUUAAAGUUUUCAUGUAUGUACAGUCUACCCGGAUUUUUUAAUACGUUACUGCCAAAAGGAUCUUUUGCAUCCAACAUUUUUUUUCACAGGAAGCCAUUAUAAAGUAGCCAUUGUAAAAACUAAGGGUGCAACCGUUGCUUUUUUCUCUUCUCAUCCUUUCUCUCUCCUUGCUUUUUCUUUUUCUCCUUUGCUUUUCUUUUGUCACUGUGCUUUUGGAACUUGGUCAACCAAAACCUCUCAGUCUCCUGCAGCCUACUAUUUACUUUGACUGAUUACUGAACAUUCUGAAAUGUGUUUUCAGUCAUUCAAAUGCAGAUGAUCUUGUGAAAGUUCUGCUGAAGAAUUUUAUCAUAAAAGAGAAAACUCCACAGCAGCUCAUAAGAGUAACUAAUGGAGGGUGGUUCUGUAAGUAUUUUUUAUAAGUCUAGCUUAAAUUUAAGUUUUUAAGGUACAUGUAUGUGUGUAUGUAUGUAUUCAUUUAGUUGUACUCUGGAAAGUCAAUCCUGCCUACCCUCUUGAGGAUUAAAAAUAAACUGGAGAUUUUUAAAAACACAAUGCGGCUUCAUUAUUUUAGUCUACACGUGAUUAUAAUACAUGUAGACCUUUUUAGCUUGUAUGUUUUGUUGCUGCAUGCUUGUACUUUUAUACAUGUAUGUGGUCCAGUGAUGAUUUUUUUUAUCACUUUUAGCUGGUGUUUGGUCUUGGUUUGGUUCUCAAAGUUCUGAUGAAGAUGAUUCAUCCUUACUGGCAAACCAAAGCCUUCUUUUACUUCUUGUACUGGUUAAUCAUUGUACACAGGGCAAGAAGAAGCAGAACCCCUACAGACAUGCACUGUUUGCCUUCAAAAAUAGGAAAGUCAAAGGUAUGGCGUUUUUUUCAUCUAUUUAAGCUUAAUUUCACUGACCUAAAUGCUGUUCUCAAUGGUUGGCCUUUAUUGCCGUGAUUAACCAGGUACUGAACAACCCACCGCAUGUCUGGUUUGUCCCCAGUACCAGGAUCUUCCAAGCGAAAGCAGUUUACAUGGUGUUAGGAUCUUCCUGCCUCUCAGCUAUGAAGAUUCUAGCUUUAGGGACAAGUACAACUUUUUGCAUGUAAACUGAAUACAGAAAAAAUAAUAUGGCGCUAGGAUGAUGCACCUUCUGGGAUCUUCCCAGUGCUAGAAUAUUCCUCUCUUCAUGUAAAGAGCCCCUCACGUUUGUGUUGUACUGUACAAGACCGUUUGAUGCUGAGAUCUUUUUUAGACCAUUGGGUCUGUUUAUUUUACUUGUUUUUGUGGUAGAAAGUGCAGCAGCUGAAGAUAGUGAAGAAGAUCAGGAAGGUACUCCAUCGUUUACCCUGAACACUGGAAUGCUCUUCACUGCUGUCUGUAGGUCAGUAUAAUAAUGAUAAUAAAGUAAUCUAAGUACCGGUAUGUGAUAUGGAAAAAUAGUACCUAAGAGUUUGCCCCAUGUAUUAAAGGGAAUCCUGAUUACGGAAUCUGGGAAAUUUUUGCUUGUGGAAUCCAGAAUACAGCUCAAGGAAUCCGGAAUCCCACUAACGAUUGGAAUCCAGUUCCAAUGAUAAAGACAGGAAUCCGGUACCUGGAAUCUGGAAUCCAAGGCUGUCUUGGAUUUCCUUACACAGGGCGAAAGAGUUAUAUCAUUGAUGAGAAGAGGCCCAAGCCACAGCUGCUGUGUUAGAGUACCCAAUAAUACAGUGUAUUGUACUAUGUAUUACAACUUCAUACCAUUCUAGUCGUUUCAUCUUGUACAUGCAUACGUUCAAGGCAGGGUGCUUUUUGUGCACUGAAUAGAUUGUUAUUACUUUUAAAACAGAAAUUGUCUCCUUUAUGUGAUUGCAGAGACUUACACAAAGAUCAAACAACGCUUUUACUGUACUUAUUACUGCAUCGGAAUCCCAAUGUGGCAACUUUUAUCCUUUCAAGGACAGAUAUUGAUAAUUUGGUGAGUGUUUUUUUUUUUAAUUGUUUCUCUAACCAGACCCUCUUGACUGACAAACCUGUUUGUAUGAUUUGAAAAAAUCCUCAUUAGUGUUUGAUAUGUUCAGAAUAAUAAUAGCUGGUUCCUUGUGGCAAGGAUCAAGAGAAGGAAUCAGGUAUCUUGCAGGCGUGCAAGGGUUUACGGUCAAUUGGCUCCAAGCCAGAUCGUUCCAUUUUAUAGCCAGAUCGUUCCACAGUGUCAGUGUAAAACUCGAUGUGAAGCAUGCUUUUUUUUGGCUUCUUAGUUUAAAGAACAAGGUAUACACACGAGUGAUGCUCUUGUUUUGCUCGUAGCUUUAAGACUCAGGAAACGUUCUGACUAUAUUGUGGAACGAUCUGACUAUUAGGGGGAACGAUCUGGCCUGUCACGAUCUUACCAUGGAGCGAAGUGACCGGAUGCCCUUGCAACCUAACUUUUGGCUUUAAGUAGGCUUGUAGUAGAUGAGGUACAUGCAACACGGUUUUAACCCUUGAUAUAGUUGUGGCCUGUAUUGUAGUUUGUCAUUCUUUCAUGUGCGCUCUGUCUUCCUGUAGGUGAUGCCGAUUUUGAAGCUUCUUUACAACCCAGAUAAUCACAAUGCUCACCAUAUUUAUAUGUCGCUGAUUAUUCUACUAAUCUUGAGCCAGGAUGAGAACUUCAACAAGUCUGUCCAUGAGCUGGUAUGGAUACAAAAAAAAAAUGCCAUAUUCACCUUACUUAUCAAUCGCCCCAUAUAAGGGAAUCCAAGACAGUCCUGGAUUCUUGAUUCCAAGCCCUGGAUUCCAGAUUCCAGGUACUUGAUUCCAGGUUCUUUGUCAGUGAAACUUGGAUUCCGAAUUCAAUCGUUGGUGGGAUUCCGGAUUUCUUGAGAUGUAUUCCGGGUUCCAACGUCCGGGAUUCCAGAUUCCACGAACAAAAAUUUCCCGGAUCCUGGGAUACGGAUUCCUCUGGGCGAGAUCUACUACAAACUGGGGAGAGAGAGAGAGCGUGUGAGGUCCACAUGCGUAUUCGCUACUUUAAAAACCAGAAGGAAACUGGGCCAAGUUAAAUUUCGCAAGGAGGUCUGGGAGUGUUAGUAGGGAGAGGGAAAAAAUUGGCCAAUAAGUGACCGGCGUGUUCCCAGUAACCAUCCCAGAAACAAUUGCGGGACGCAUCCGGCUCCAGUUCCCUUCAGGGUGUGUUUUUGAAGUAAAAGAAGCCCGCUGUUUUGUUGUAUAACUAUUUGUUUUCUUUUAGUAUGGUAAAUCCUUUAUUUUUCAGACGAUUGCCUCAGUCCCAUGGUACACCGAGCGAGCCAUAACAAAUAUCACUCUGGGAGGACUGUUGGUGUUGGUUGUACUGAGAACAAUCCAAUACAAUAUGACUAAAAUGAGGGUGAGUGGUGGUUUCCACUUUAGAUUAGCAGAUUCAUUUGUACGGUGGCAUCACUGGUAGUUUCGCUACAACGUCAUUUCGCUACAACGUCAUUUCGCUACAAGUCGUUUCGCGUCAGAGUCUAGUGAUUGGAAUGGUGGUGAUUUCCUUAAGGUUCAGGACAAGCAUAGCAUCAAUUUGGGAAGAGGAGUGCUGAUAAAAUACACCUGGCAUAACAUUAUCGCUCGAGAUUCAACAUAGUUCGGUAAAUUAAAGUAAUUUUAAGUCCUUGAGUGGACUUCAUUGUGGUUUUAAAACCUGCCUUGUCUAAAUCUAUGUGAUUCAGUGGAGUAGAUUCUUGCAAGACCGAAAGGUAGAUAAUUACUAACUAAUUACAGCUGUUUUCCAGUUUUUCACUUAAUAAUAUUUCUAUUUCCUUAGGACAAAUACUUACACACCAACUGCCUGGCCACCUUAGCUAACAUGUCGUCGCAAUUCCAUGCUCUUCAUCCGUAUGUCACACAGAGGAUAGUAAGGUAAACUAACAUGUUUCUAUUACUACUUAGAGUUAAGUUGAAGUUGCAUUCAAAUUCUCGUGUAUAUUUUUCAGUUUGUACGCGCUGCUUUCAAAGAAGCACGCUAAAGUGAUGGAGUACAUAAAACAAGAUGAAAAAAACUCUCAACAAAAUGGAGAAGGAGCGCAGCAUAGUGAUCAUGUAAGUCAGCAGUUAAUCUUUAACUUCACCUCUCUUGGUGUUGGAGGGGAACUAGAUGGAAAAGAAUCAAAGUAUUAACUCUUUGAACUGUGUCACUUUCAGCUGUCAGAUUUGGCGAUUUUGGAAGAAGUGAUCCGAAUGGUACUAGAGAUAAUCAACUCGUGCGUCACAAAUACUCUCCAUCACAAUCCCAACCUGGUUUACACGCUAUUACACAGAAGAGAACUGUUCGCUCAGUUUAGAACGCAUCCGACGUUCCACGACAUAAUACAAAAUAUCGAUACGGUGAGUCCAAAGACGAUAAAAUCUGAAUCUUUCGAUACCAAUUCAGUUCAACAAUUCCCUAAACCCGCUUUUGGGAAGGGCGUAGCUCGAACGUUUUGGGGGAGGUGUGAUGCCCAUUUUCUUUAUCCAGACUUAUUUACAAACUGCCCGUUAAGUGAAGAGAAAAGUGAUUGAAUUUCAUAGCCGAACAACUAAACAGCUACUACGGCUUGCCCUGCUUGUACUACGGCUUGCGCUGCCAGCUCUCCAUUUCAGGGAUUUCGCGAAAAGUCUCGCGCGAGAGCCACGCGAAGGGAGACGUGAUCGCGUGGGGUAAGGACUCGCGCGUUCUCCCGCGGGUAACCAUUAGUUCACUGUAGAUUACUGAACUCUACUUUGUUAUCCUGUCAAUGCGCAUUUCUCAUCUCUGCCAACUUUCGGAAAAUUUUGCCAGGGCAAGUUUUGGCCAAUUUACUGACUUGCAUUUUACUGGUGGCGAGUAACGUCAUUAUUUCAGACUAUUCUCACUUUGACAGCGAAGACCAAAGUGCUUAUACUUUGGUCAAUUACCAAAAAGGCAACAAGGCGAUAAACUAAGCACAUCUCAAAUCCAAGAGAGAAUAAUCUGUUCUCUGUUGUCAAAGCAAACAGAUGGAGCCUGAAUGAAGCGCGGAAAAACGCACAGAUCAAACAAUACAGGAAGCCAACCGGAACUACAGCCUGUGUAGUCGGUGUAAGGAGUAGGAAAACCUGCGCCAACGCGCUCGCAUUAAGUUCAGUAUCGCUCCUUUUGGCAGGCUCUGUGUUUCUGUAGCAAUGCAAAACUAAUCUAAUGGCGAAAUUGGGUUUACUGCACAUUGGCAAACCACGCCAGGGCAAGAACUAACUUCUACCGCUGUAAAGAUGAUAGCAAAGAUGGAAACGUUUCAAGGGUAGAAGAUGCGCGUGUAAUUUUCUUGGCUGCUCAAAAGACCGGCUAAGUUCCUACGACAGGAUAGCGGAUGCAAAACAGUUUUAUACGUGAAUGAAUCUUUUAAUCUGUUAUUAUUAAGCAUGUUUUCUUUCGUUAUAGGUGUUGGCAUUUUUCAGCGCUCGUCUGGAGCAGCAUCCUGAUCAGACUUUGUCUGUGGGUGUAGUUUUAGACGUUAUUAAACAGGGAACGCUUCAGUGGCCAAGAGACAGAUUAAAGGUAAACUUCCUUGCCUAACAUCACGCACACGUUUCUAUCAAGAGCAGCUUACUUUUAUUUUCAUUCUUAAGGCCCUGAGUACUUCCUUUUAUUUACGAAUGUUUUGAACUGGAUCCCACAGAGAAUUAAAUAAUUUUAAAUUUUAGCGAGAAAGAGAUACCUUAAACCUGUGCGUAGAUAAUAGUUUAUUGCCGGCGAUGUUUUCAGUUUAGACUAGGUCUCCCCGCCGACGAUGUUUCUCUCGACGCACUUACAAAAGUGUGCGCGGGUCCUUUCUAAUGUGAAAAAGUCAGUUCAAAGGAAGGGGAAACUUAAGCCCAGUGCCCGGAGAUUUCAUAGUAGCAGUUUUUAUCUACGACACAAGACCUCUUUCCGCAGAUGGCCUACGCCGCGCACGACCGAAAACAUUCACGGGUGCUUUCCCUGCACUGUUAUAGCCUUUUUAUGAAAAUAAAAGUUGGCCAAUAUUGUCAUUCGCCUUAAUUGAUGAAAAUUAUCCCCUAGACUUUCAAAGAGUGGCAAAAAAUAGGUGGCACUACCCUCUUUCAAGGCGUACUCACAAGUAGAUAUUUCUUUUGGCAAAAUAGCGGAUAACAAAAACCACUAUAUCGGGACGUUUCUUUUUUUGUCGUUAGCUCACAGAUAAAAACUAUACGACGGCAGCAAACGGGUUCCGUGCGAAACGUGAUCGAAAAUAGUUUUUGAAUUUUUUUUUUGUGAUUUGAGACCAUUUGAAUUAAGAUCCAUGAUCUUUGAAGACGUACCUGCGUACACAUGAAAACCAUUUCUUUUUUUAACUUUUCUGUCCUACGCAAAAAGAAAAUUUGUUUGUUGUGUGUGGCUGCUUACCAAUGGCGCUUUUUUCUCUACGUCGCUAGAAUUUUGUUGGCCACAUUUUCGUGACCGACAAAUUUCGCUGGUUGAAACGGGUGCUUUUCCCGACUUUAGGAAAAAGAUUUGCCGUCUAGUCACUCAAUUUGAGCGUUUUCAAAGAAACAGAUUGGGACCGCCCAUCGCGGAAAAACUGUUUAAAAGAAAAACAAAACAAAACAAGUAAAGUUGUUUUUGCCCGUGUAAGAGGAUUGGCCGAAACUGGUCCAAGGUUAACGACCGGUACAUACGCUAAAAUGUCCUUCGCUUUGUACUCACGAAGAGGUCAUACAUACAAAGAGAUAAUUCCGGCAAUUCUUGCAAGAAGAUCGUUAAUAGUUGGUAAUGAAUAUUUUCACUUAACUCUCCUGCUUUGGGGAUUUAUGUAUGUCUCGUUCAAAACAAGGCGUGGUGCUGACUUUAUCUACGGAGAAGAGCCAUUGUGCCACGUGUGCCGUCUGCAGCAACACGCUGCUUUUAGCAGUGCCACUUAGUAAGGAGUGGCAACCGGAUUAUUAAAAAUAAAAAGAUCUGGUUUACUAAGACAAACUUACCUGUCGAUCGCGUAGUUUAAUUUUUGCGUAAUGUUUUCGAUUCCACCGUUACGUAUUAAAUCACUUGUCUCUUAAAAACAGGUCACUUUACAAUUUAUCAAGGCGCUCUGGCGCAAAUUUAUUUUUACUUUUUAUUUUAUUUUUUGCUUUGAGAUGUCGCCUGUGAACAGGCAUAUCUCACAGCAAGAAUAGCCAAGUCGUACUGCUUGUCAAAUCCCUGCAUUUUUCUCAAUGCGGGAAUUGAUAAUUAACUGUCAUGUGAAAUUUAAGAUACAAGUCUACAUGUGUUUUCUCCUUUUUAUCUUCGUAGAAAUUUCCUGAAUUAAAAUUCAAAUACGUGGAGGAAGAACAGCCAGAAGAGUUUUUUAUUCCGUAUGUUUGGUCUUUGGUUUACAAAUCAUCCACACUGUACUGGAACCCAGAUCACAUUCAGCUCUUUCGCCCUGACACAGAGGAGUCUGUAUCCUAGAAAGCUAUCAUCCAAUGCUAUCACUAAUAAUAAAUGGCAUCCACAAAUGGGACUCGUCAGGUUUACACUUAGUAACAACAAUAAACCGGGGCGAUGGCAGGACACGCGUUAUGUAGGUUUGAGGUGAAGCCUUUUAGCCAUGAAAGCUCUGAAAAAAAGAGAAUUUAUCUGGACUGUCUCAGACAAUACAAACUACAAUUUUUUAUGACUGUUGCAUAUUUAAAAGAUUUGAGCUGAUGACAAUGCGACUAAAGAAAAGCCUGGAAACAUCCUGGAAUGUUGAUGGCAAACAGCUCAGAGAACUAAAAAGUCAAUGAACAACAAAAUUUUAUCGCUUUUUCGCGAAAGAAAAUUUCCAUUUUUUUUUUGUAUAGACAUGGGGGAGCAAUUAACAUGCAAAGUAUUGCUGCUGAAGCGCAAAAUGUAAAGAUGGAACUAAGUGUGAUUCGAGAAGUAUUUCGGGUAUCCAGUCUUUGCAGUCGCACUGUAAAUCUGACUUGUUUUGAGGUUGCUCGAAACAACAGCC